AUGGUCGAACUCCGGAAACGCAAGGCUCCUGCGCCGCUGCCCGUGCCUGACAAGAGAAGCAAGCCGGCCAAGUCGGCCCCAGAACCCAAGCCGGUGGAGGCAGACCCGACCCCCGCGUCUCCAGCCCCUAAUGUGCAUGACACGGUCGAUCUCGAGACUUUUGGCGGCGAGAUCGAGACCAACGACGGUACCAAGACCACUCUGAAGCAACUGGUGGCGGACAGCGAGUCGGGUGUGGUCCUGUUUACGUACCCGAAAGCCUCGACUCCGGGCUGUACCAAGCAAGCGUGCAUGUUCCGCGACAACUACAAGCACCUGACCUCGACGGGGCUGGCCAUCUAUGGCCUGUCGACCGACUCGCCCAAGGCCAACACCACAUUCCAAACCAAGCAAAGUCUGCCCUAUCCGCUGCUCUGCGACACGCGCGCCACCUUAAUUGCAGCCAUUGGGUUUAAGAAAGCCCCCAAGGGCACGACUCGCGGAGUCUUUGCCGUGGAUAAGAAGGGCAAGGUGCUGCUGCGUGAAGCGGGUGGUCCGGAUGCGACCGUGGAUGCAGUGCAGAAGCUGGUGGCCAGCGGCAAGGUCUAA